AUGUGUUACUAUGGCAGCUACUAUGGAAGCCUGGGCUAUGGCUAUGGCUGUGGCUAUGGCUGUGGCUACGGCUGUGGCUAUGGAAGUUAUGGUGGCUAUGGUUAUGGCUGCUGCCGCCCACUGUGCUAUAGAAGGUACUGGUCUUAUGGCUUCUACUGAAGAGCUGCUGCAGAUGCCCAGAUUUCCUGACUGGAAGGGCUUAUCAUCAAAAAUUCUAACUUUAUACCAAAAUAUCUGAAAAACAACCGAAAUAAACAGUGUCAUCUAAAUCCUCAUCUUCAUUUAGACUGUGAUUAUGUUUUAUGGUAUCUUUAUCAUGGUCUGUAAAAUGCUUUCAAGGUUGACUCUAAACUUUUAGGUAACACAAAUGUGUUUUUUACCAAAUACCUAAAUGAUUAAACAGUACAAAACUGUCUGUAUAUUCUGCAUGAGGAUCUGCUUGGACA